CUCAAAAUGGAUGAUUCCCUCCACCGCUUCCUAGGCUGACACAUAAUCCUCUUCAAUUUCCAUUUUUUGUGGGCAAAUACCUGAACUUCCAAGAAGCUUCCCCACAUGAGUUCGCUGUCUCUUCCUCUGCUUAUUAUAUAUACUAGUUCCGCACUGAGCGCUGGGUUUGUUGCUCCUCCAGUUCAUGUCCCUUUUCCUUCUCAAAUCUCAUAGCUUUUCUUCCAGGUACGCCAGCACCCCUUCAGCUUUUUCUGUCUUUCUCUUCUGUAAAGGCUCGUUCUUUGCUUAAAAAUCGAGCCUUGUACUUGGCCCCUCUACUUCUAGUCAUAGUUUGAUGAAUUCUUGAUGUUAUUCAACUUGGGUUUUUGAUUUAGUUUCGAUGCGUAUUGAAAAGUUUCUGUCUUUAGGAUUUUGUCUGCUAGAUUAGAUUUCUUGGGUUUAGUCACUUUUAGGAGUUUAAUGGUUUAGGGUUUUACCCAGAAUUCAAUCUCAUUGUUUGUGACCAUGGAUCCAACUUACAAUGGACUCCCUGAUUUCAUGAAUGACAUUGACUUCGAUCCCAUGUUACCCAAUUCAUCACAAAUCCCAGAAACCCCAAAUCAGUACCAACUCAACCAGCUCUCUCCAGAUUUCAAUUUCUUGAGCAAUCAGUUUUCAAUUCCAUCGAAGCCGGAAUCCGGUAACCUUGUUCCUCCACUUAGUGUUAGCACAGAGGGAGAGUCGUAUUAUGCUAAUGGAGGUUCAUUCUCUGCUCCUACAAAUGUGAGCCCUGGAGUGGACUCUCCUUCCUCUGAUGAUGUGGACUUCUCUGAAACUGUUUUCAAGUAUGUAAACCAGAUGCUUAUGGAGGAGAACAUGGAGCAAAAGCCAAUCAUGUUCUAUGAUCCAUUGAGUCUUCGUGUCACCGAGGAAUCUUUCUAUGAUGUUCUUGGUCAACAGUAUCCAUUCUCACCAAAUCAGCAACCGCAGCAACCAGUUAAUGUUGAUCAGAAAGUUGAGAGCCCUGAUGAUUAUCUUUCUGUAAACAGUAAUGAGUUCAAUGCUAGUAGUACUAGUCCUAGUACUGGCACUACCAACUCGGCUGAAUCUCAAUCAAUUGGUGAUUAUGGAGAGCCGAAGCCAUCUUCAUCACAAACCUCUGUUUCUAGUGAGAGUGUUUACCAGUUGAGUUCACAUUCCAAGUCCAAUUCUCAGUUGUCUCUUCCUAUGACAAAUAGCCUGUCUAGUUUUGGUGAUGGGAUGUUGGAAUCUUCUGUAAAUCAGUUUCUGGCUCAGAAUAUAUUCACAGACAGUGAAUCUGUCUUGCAAUUUCAGCGAGGGCUAGAGGAAGCUAGUAAGUUCCUUCCCAAAGUUAGUCCAUUAGCUAUUGAUUUGGAAAGCAGCAGAGUGUCUCCAGAAGUGAAAGGAAAUGCUCCAACUGUUGUUGUCAAGAAGGAAAAGAGUGAGAAGAAGAACUCACCUAGUAAGCGAAGGGGAAGGAGGAACUCACCGAAUGGGUCAACGGAAAGGAAGAAGUCACCUGAUGGGUCAAGGGGAAGGAAGAAUCAUGAGCGAGAAGAUGUGGAUUCUGAAGGGCGGAGUAGCAAGCAGUCUGCAGUUUAUAAGGAGGAUGAACUAUCCGAGUUGUUUGACAAGGUCUUGCUUUGUACUGAUGGUGGUAAUCAGUCUUCAUGUGGUUCGUGUGGUGAGAGUGUAGAAGUGCAGAAUGAAGAAAGCAAAAAUUUACAGCCAAAUGGACAGCUACUGACAUCAAAUGCUGAAGGUGGGAAGACUCGUGCUAAGAAGCAAGGCAAGAAGAAGGACACUGUGGAUUUAAGGGGUCUCCUAAUUCUUUGUGCACAAGCUGUGUCUAGCAAUGAUUUUAGGACCUCUAUGGAGCUACUAAAGCAAAUUAGGCAGCAUUCUUCUCCCUUUGGUGAUGGAUCUCAAAGGUUGGCUCAUUUCUUUGCAAAUGCCCUUGAGGCACGAAUGGCUGGUACUGGCACUGGAAGCCAGAUUUUUUAUACAUCCCUUGCUUCCAAGAAGACAUCGGCUGUUGAAAUUUUAAAAUCUUACCAAGUCAGUCUUUCAUCUUGCCCUUUUAAAAGAAUGUCAAUUUUCUUUAAAAACAAGAUGAUUAUAGCAAUGGCUGAGAAAGCAGCUACCCUCCAUAUCGUAGAUUUUGGUAUCCUAUAUGGUUUUCAGUGGCCAAUCCUUAUCCACAAGCUUUCAUUGAGACCUGGUGGACCUCCCAAGCUACGAAUUACUGGGAUAGAGGUUCCCCAACCUGGAUUCCGUCCAGCAGAGUGGAUUGAAGAGACUGGAAGGCGCUUGGCAAAAUAUUGUGAGCGCUUUAAGGUUCCUUUUGAGUUCAAUGCUAUUGCUUCACAAAAUUGGGAAUCCAUUAAAGUAGAGGACCUCAAGGUUGAGAGGAAUGAGGUGCUGGCUGUGAAUUGUAUGUUACGGUUCAAGAACCUACUGGAUGAGACAGUUGAAGUGGAUUGUCCAAGAGAUUCUGUUCUAAAGCUAAUCAGGAGUUUGAAACCAGAUAUUUUUGCUCAUACUAUCAUUAAUGGUGCAUACAAUGCCCCUUUCUUUGUCACUCGAUUUCGGGAGGCUCUCUUCCACUUCUCUGCCUUGUAUGAUGCGUUUGAUGUUACUAUACCCCAUGACAGUCCAGAGAGGUUGAUGUUUGAGUCAGAGUUUUAUGGCCGGGAGGCCAUGAAUGUGAUAGCAUGUGAGGGGAUAGAUAGGGUUGAGAGGGCUGAGACAUACAAGCAGUGGCAGAUACGUUGCCAAAGGGCUGGUUUGAAGGUGUUGCCAUUGGACCAAGAGCUAGUGAGGGCGUUUAGGGAUAAGGUGAAGGCAUGGUACCACAAAGAUUUCACAAUUGAUCAAGACUGUGAUUGGAUGCUUCAGGGUUGGAAGGGCCGACUUGUCUAUGCUUCUUCUUGUUGGGUGCCUGCAUAAUAGUCUCCUGAAGCUUAUUUCUUAAACUUUGGUCUUCUUUGAGAACUGAAGAGCAGAACUGAGAAGGAUGUUCAGUUACCUAUUCAGAGAUAAAGCUGAUCACUGGAAGUGAUGAAUUUGAGUAAUUUGAUCGACUCAGCAAGAUAAAAAUAUGCUAACCAUAUUGAUUUCAUGCUUUACAAGUAAUUGAGGUCAAGUGUGGCAGUAAUUCUUGCAGAUGAACCAUAAGGAGGAGAGAUGAUACCUUAAACAGUUGCUGCCUGUUUCUUUGUACUCAAAUGGAUGCGAUACUCGGAAGGCUUUUGGGCAUCACUCACGACGAAUGACCAUUGAAUUAUGGGUUCUGGUAUGAUGUUGAAUAGAUAUAUAGGUGCAGUUAAUUAUGGACAAUAAAGCUGAUAGAAUAAAGAUAGGGAUGAAAAUGUAAACUUCUGAUGUGAUGGAAAACUAAUGUUACACUAACAUUGCCUACUGGCAGGCUUGGUGGCACACUUGUAAUCAAUUUACAUUCCUCGAUCCUUGUAUUUUCUUUGCCCAUUGGUGGAGAGAUUUUCCUAUUCUGAAUC